ACUCUAUACAUCAGUGAAAAUAUGGAAUGUUUGACAAAAAGAGGAAAAAAACACAUUGUACCAUCACAGUUGACUAUGGCUUCCUUUCAUAUAUGUUUUUCUUCAUAUAUCAUGACCAGUUUCAUAAGAGCACCAAUCUCUGUUAUGCUGUAUGUCCUGGCCUGUGUAACUGUCACACAAGGGACAACCACAGUUGCUAAUCUUUCUGACCCCUGCUACAACUACACUGCACUGGACAAUCCAUGGAGAGCCACCAAUAAUACAUAUGGCUUACAUUCAUAUUACAUGUGUGACCAGUCUGUCACCUGGAGCGGCUGGUAUCGUCUCUUCAUUAAUGGUGUGAGCGCUCACAUCCCAGACACGUGUGUGGCAAGGGGUAGCUGUGGUACUGACGUCACACUGUGGAUUCGUGGUGGACACCCAACAGUUGAGGAUGGAGUCGUCACUCGAGAUGUCUGCGGUAACGAUGGAGGUUACUGCUGCUAUUACGGGUCUUUCCCCAUCAAAGUCAAAGCCUGUCCAGGCAAUUAUUACGUCUAUGAGCUGGUUAGUCCAACUCUUUGUCAUUCAGCAUACUGUGCAGAUGUUGGCAGCAUUAACACCAGCUCUACAGCCGUCACACCAGCGACCAUCUCAACUGCUAAUCUUUCUGACCCCUGCUACAACUACACUGCACUGGACAAUCCAUGGAGAGCCACCAAUAAUACAUAUGGCUUAUAUUCAUAUUCCAUAUGUGACCGGUCUGUCACCUGGAGCGGCUGGUAUCGUCUCUUCAUUAAUGGUCUGAGCGCUCACAUCCCAGACACCUGUGUUGCUCUGUAUAGCUGUGGCACACAUAUCCCACUGUGGAUUCGUGGUGGACACCCAACAGUACAGGAUGGAGUCGUCACUCGAGAUGUCUGCGGUAACGGUGGAGGUUACUGCUGCUAUUACGGGUCUUACCCCAUUAAAGUCAAAGCCUGCCCAGGCAAUUAUUACGUCUAUGAGCUGGUUACACCCACUCUUUGUCAUUCAGCAUACUGUGCAGCUGUUACUAUCAGCAGCACUGUUACAACACUCACUCCAGAGACGACCACAGCUGCUAUAACUAUAACUCUGCCAGAAGUAUGCACCAGUCGGACCUCUGGAGAAUGUUUUCAAAAUCUUCUUGAGCAGAUAGAGAACAUUACAGCUCAAGUGCUUCCUUUGAAUACUGUGACGAACAUUUUGACUGUGGCCUUCAGCGCUUCAGAGAAGAUUUUAGAGUCAUCAUCAGCAGCAAACCCAACUGAACUAGCCUCCAAUGGAAACCGCAUGUUAAAAACCAGCGAGAAACUCAUUUCUACAUUAGUGAAGCCGACAGACACGAGUGACAACGUCAGUUUUACUCUUGCUGCUGUAGAGGGUCAAGUCUUCAUGGUUGGACCAAAUGUCAUCUUAAAUAAAAUCCCUCAGCUUGACACGACAAACUCUUCUGUGGACAUCGAUCUCAUUGGGAUCGCCAAGAACAACAAUGAAAGAUCAGCUGCUGUGGCUAUCAUGAGCUACAACACGAUGGAGAAUCUACUGAAGCCAGACUUCUUCAACACAUCAAACAACACGAUUAAAACCAUGAUGUCCACUGUGAUCUCAGCUACUCUUCCCAAAACCACCAACACUAAACUCACCAAACCAGUCAACUUCACCUUCAGACACAUCAGAGAGUUUGAUCCCAGCGGUUCUCUGUCCUGUGUGUACUGGAAUAUCAGCGAGUGGAUUGUAGAUGGUUGUUCUGUUUUAAAGACCAAUAGCAGUUACACUGUGUGUUCCUGUGUUCAUCUGUCCACAUUCGCUCUCAUCAUGCAAACCAGCCGCCCACCAGAGAGCGACCCACUGCUGGAGCUGUUGAAUUUGGUUUGUGUGAUCGUGGGGCUGGUGUUCUUCACUUUGGCCCUGAUGACCUUUGCCCUUUGUCAGUGGAGUCCUGGAGUGAAUAAUGUGGCUCGAAUCAACAUCUGCAUCAGUCUUCUGCUGGCUCACCUUCUGUUCCUGCUCACACAGCGGUUCCUGAGCCUCAUACGGCCUCAGCAGGUGUUGUGUGCCGUGAUCGCAGGCCUUCUGCACUUCCUCUUUCUCUCCGGCUUUGUGUGGAUGUUCAUUGAAGCUGUGCUGCUCUUCAUCUGUGUGAAGAACCUAUCACAGAUCAGCUCCAAAAAGAGGGAGGUGCUUAGCAGUGGCUUCCUGUGUGUGAUUGGAUAUGUGGUUGCUCUGGUUGUGGUGUGUGUGUCUGUCGGUCUGGUUCCUGAAGGCUACGGCGAACACUGCUGGAUUAAAUUGGAUAAAGGCUUCAUCUGGAGUUUUCUGGGUCCUGUUUGCGUCAUACUAGCAUCAAACACACUUCUCUUCAUCAAGAUCUUCAUCAGUCUGAACUCAACUCUCAAAAGUCUCAACGCUGAAGUUUCACAGAUGAAACAAACAAAGAUAAUGGUGUUUAAAACACUGGCUCAGUUUGUGGUUCUUGGUUGCCCCUGGAUUCUGGGUUUCUUCACUAAUGGCAGUAAGGUGCUGGAGAUCCUCUUCCUGAUCUUGAACUCCCAGCAGGGAACCUUCAUCUUCCUGGUCUACUGUGUCCUCAAUCAUGAGGUCAGGCAGCAGUACAGGAAGUGCUUCAGAUGUCUUUGCUGUGUCAAACAACACUGAGGACCACAGCAUCAUGUUCAGGAAGUAAUAAAUACUGCUCAGGUGCCAUUAAUAUACAGCUGAUUUUAUAUAACAUAAUCUAUGUUUUUGUAUGAUAAAUGUUAUAGUCUCAGAUCCUUUCUGCAAAUGAAAGAAAAAUGUUAUCCGAGUGUCUUAUUUUAUAGCUGUUAACACUAAUGAUGUAGAGCUGUUUCACUGCUAAACUGUUUUAUUUAGUCUUCUGUAAACUUUAUUAUCAGUAGUAGUAGUAGUAGUAGUAUUGGUGGAGGGUGAAAAGCAGAGGUGUAAAAUACUUGAGUAAUUUUACUUGAUUACUUAAGUAUUAUUUUGGGGGAUUUUUACUUUAUUCAAAUACAAUUUAAACUGACUUGUACUUUUACUUGAUUACAUUUCUGUAGAAAAAACAGUACUUUUUACUCCUUACAAUUUUAUUUCAACUUAAAAAGUACAUUAUAUUUUGAUUUUAUCUUAUGUACAUUGAAUAUGGGAAACGGAAUCUCAAAUGUGUUCUUGACGUGAGAAGCAAUGAUCAUUGUUCCACGCAUCAAACACACAGUUCUGCUUCAGUUAUGACUUUCAUCGGGUAAAUGUCUGGGUUCAAAAGUUCACCAUCAAAUCUGAGGAAGCAUGUUGAGGUGGCAAAGUUGUGUUUCCCCCAAAAAGUUUAUUCAUUAUUCUUUGUUUUGAUAGAGCCAUUAGCUGUGAAAUAUAUUGGCUGAAUGCACAAGAUUGAGUGCAAAUAAAAUCAGUGAGGAAAAUUUUAAUAUGCAGUAAUUAAUAUUUUUGUGGGAAUUAUUAUUUUUUAAAUUAAAUGUUACAAAUCUCCAAAAAAGUGUUUAAAUGAAUAUUGCACGUUUACUUAAUUGUAAUUCAUGUUGUGAUGUUCUUACCAGGUUGUUUUUAUAAGUUCUUGUAAGUUGUUUUAAUAAUAUGUCAUUAUAUUGAGUAGGAAUUUGGACUCUCAAUUAAUAUUUUUUUAAUCUUAAUAAUUACAUUAUUUGCUCAUUAAUUCAUAUAAUUAGUCGCAAAUGAUUAUGUAGCAUUAUACUACGGGGCCGUUGAAUGCUUGAAUCUGAUUGGCUGACGAACGUUCUAAGGUGUGCAAUUAUUUUCAGGGAACCGCACGGCGAAUGUAGUUCCAGGCAGCUCUUGACCGCAUUACAUGACCAUAUCACUUCGCCAAAUGAUUUCUGUUAUUUCAAAGGUCUUUCAAACCAAAACCCACAACGACACUGGCCAAACAAAUAAAUAUAGUAAACAAAAGGAUAAAAACGACAGAUCAUGUCCAUGUUUUUGCCACAAAAUUACGCUUUAUUAUGAACGGAAAGCACAUACUCUAUCUCUCCCUCACAGACCGCACACACAUAGAUGAUUUAGAUCUUAGUUUGUGUUCUUAGUAUCUGAUAAAUAAAAGUCAUAUUUAUAUAUGGGAUGGCACGAGGGUGGAAAGGAUGGAGUUUCCUUUUAAUUCCUUUCCUUGCAAUUUUAUUUAAUUUUUGUGUGUGUGUGUGUGUGUGUGUGUGUUCCGCUGUGCUGCAUUUUAAUUGUUAUUUUAAUUUUAAUUGCAUGUUGCUUUUGUUCGGGUCACUUUUGGGUUUUUCCUGUAUUAUUUGAAUGCAUUUCUGUUAGAAAAUAUGUUAAUAAACAAAAUAAUAAACAAUGCUGAAGACAGAGCCGGACUGGGAUGCAAUUGCAGCCAGGGAAAUCUCACUCAUGCAGGCCACACAGAGAAAAAAAAAAAGAGGCCAAAAUGGUACCUUUUAGGACACAACAGCUUGUCACUGGAGCAGUAUUUGUCCAUAUUUUAAAGCUUUAUAUUCUGUAUCUACAUUUUGCUCCUCGCAUCCUUUCUUCACUCCACAGAUUGAAUUUCAUGCCUCAACUUUCUUUCUAUUCUCUUUUUCCUUUCUUGCAUCUCAGACUUGAAGUUCCUGACUGCAGUCUCAUUUGUUUUCUAAAAAAGUUCAUUAGAAUCAGAAUCAGAAUGAGCUUUUAUUGCCAGGUAUGUUUACACAUACGAGGAAUUUGUUUUUGUGACAGAAGCUUCCACAGUGCGACAGAAUGACAGCGACAGGACGAAAAACACAGAUAACCUGUGAAUGUCAAUUUAUUUAAUGAAUUUGAGUAUAAUUACUGAAGGUUAAAUGUCGGCCCACUUUAUCUAACACAUUCAGCCAAAGUGGGCCAGCGAUAUUUAUUUUUUUACAUUUUGUUCUUUGCAUUUUAUUCCCUGUUAACUGUGGAAACAAAAACAGCAGGAACUGUCCCAAUAAUAUUUGUUUCCAUUUAGUGAGCAACCUUAUAAAUAAAUAAAUGAAAAUCUUAUGUCAAAGGGUUUUCUACCAUGACACAGUCCUCCUCUGAGGUGUGGCCACACCCACCAGUGUCAUAUUGCAUCAACCAAAACUAUUUUAUAAUUUAUAGAAAUAGUGUCCCUUUAAUUAAGAACCAUUGAAAUGCUCUGAAAGUGCAAACUCACUGAGCACAGUACAAUCAAGCUGAAAUGGCCUACUUUAACUGAAUUCUUUAACAAUUUUUAUUAUUAUUAUUAAAAAUAAAUUCACCUACAUUUUAAACCCCUUCUGCUCCUUAUAUCAUCAAAGCUUUUGUAUAUUAAAUAUCACAAAACACCACCCAUUGGCUGUUUAUUAUAUCCAGUACCAGCGAGUAAAACACAUGCAGCAGUAUCUGGCCGUGGCACCCAGAGAAAUGUGAUGAGGCUUUUCUCUGUAAACAGAAGCAGAGAGUAAUCAGUGAAUUUCAAGUUAAAAUAUUUUAACACCAUAAAGAUGAAAUGGCCUCCGUAAAUGUGAUAAAUAUGAGCUCAAAUAAAUAAAGAAAUAUCAAUAAAACAGAUGUGAAGUUUUAUGAUGUAGCUAUUAAAGAAAAA